AUGUGGGAGCCAAAACAAGCCGUCUUCGCUGGUUUAUCGCAACGCUAUAAUGAACUAUCAUUGGCGACAGAAAGCAUUUUUGCUGCUUGCAAAAGAUGAACGGUGAAACCUAUUUGCGUCCUUGCGUUGGAGAUGAGGAUUGGAUACAGACAAGAGAAUGCUUUAUACGUGCGUUCAUUUCGUACCCGCUUUAUGUGUAUAUGAUUCCUAAUGCAAACAAGCGACCAGAAUUUUUAAGAAGAUAUUUCGACGCAAUUUAUGAAGUCACAAUCAGGAAAGGAAAUUCGAUCAUUCUAUGUCUUGAAAUAAGCAAGAAAAUGGACGGAUUUGAUAAAGUUGUAAAUGAAUGUCCCCACAACACAGUCUAUUCAACAAGUAAACGUAUCAUUGGUGCAAUAUGGCUUGUUCCACCAUCGAAAUCAGGAGGAUGGGAAUGUGCAAGAAAUGAAGAUUUCAUGAAAUCUUACGAAAAAUAUAAAUUGAAGAAAUUGGAUCCAGAAUCAUUUCAGCGUAUGGAAAGAUACGAAGACUGGGAAUACGAGAAUAUAACAAAGCAUGUGUGCGCAACCGGCAUACCAAUGUGGAAUGGACCGUUUGCCGCAAUGGAUCCAGAGUAUACAGGACAGGGACACGGAACUUUAAUGGGACCAGCUUGCCUGAGGUAUCUUGAAAAUCACAACCCAUCAAAGCAAAAACUUCGACGUCAAAUUUCCGAAAACGACAAAUCCGAUAGCCAGCGAUAUUCACAAGAUAUUCCGACAAGAGAGCAAGAAAGAAUGAAUAAAACGUCAGGAUCAAAAAUACCGAUGUCAUGCAAAAGUGAUUUUAACUGCAAAUACAAAUUUAGAAACCAGGAAACAAUAGAAAGCGGCCCGUACAUUUCCGAAACAUGCCCGCCUCUAUUUUUCGCAUUAUCCCACAGUCAUCGUUCUGUGAAUUUCUACAAGAAGAACGGUUUCUUUUCCGUCACAGACAUGAUUUAUCCAACAGAAGGCAUGAGUGAAUUGGACUCACUCAGCCUUAAAUCUGAAUCAUUUAACGUAAAUGUUUUAAUUCUGGAUCCUUUCAAAACGGGAAAAUAUGAUGAUAUUACAAAAUGUAUCAAAAACAGUAAUGUUCAAAUUCUUAAUAGUCAAACAAAAGCAACGUUCAACAAUUUCAAAAUUGCUUCUGGCUAACUAACAUAAAAUCUGAGGAAUGAUAAAGAUUGCUUCUCGAUCUGAAUGCAUUUUUCCACCUUUUUACUGAGUAUGCUUUAACUGCGUAGCAGCUACUGUUGCACGUGUGCAGCUCAAAGUAUUAUGUAAUUUGAGAUGUAUUUUUUAUAUAUAUUUAUUAAUGCAAACGUUUUGAACAGUGAGUAAUAUUUUGAUGCAUGAAUAUAACAUAAUAUUUAUUAUGUGGAAUUCUUACAAAAUACUAUUACCGUAAAAUAUGUUCUUUAUUAAUAUAACUACUUUUUUAUACAAGAGAAAGAUGGUUUUAUAUUGUGUUAUUGAAAACUUGCACGAGGAUGAUCUCAUAGUGAUACGUUUAACGUCUCAAGAGCUGUGGUCUUUUUAUGAGAAUUUGAAUCGUCGACAUAUAACUUUUUAUUUAAUACCAACUUCCUGUUCCAAAAUUAUAUAUUUUCAAAUAGCUAAAUAUAUAUUUAUGAUUCAUAGAUGCACUAGAAUCAACGUACAUGAAACAUUGCUUUAGAAAUCGGUUCAAUCUGCAAUAUAUUGUGGGUGGCAUUAUGAAAUAUAUACUGAAUUAUAAACAUAAAAUCAACAGUUUUUUGUAAUAAAUGUCUGAAAAUUAUUUUCAUCAAGUUUUCUAAAGCGAAUUGAUGAAAUAACGUCAUCUCAAGAUUAGACGAUAAUAUAAUUUUUUAAAGUUUUCUUUCGU